GAGAUUUGUGUUUCCUUUUGCAAAUGAGCUGCAUUCAAUUUGGCAUUUGCUUUAGGUAUUAUAUCUUAAAAAUUACUUUCGCAUUGACUACAGUUUAGUGAAGAAUUUAUUUUUAAAGCACCCUAAAAGCAGUUAGAGAAUUUUAAGUCUCACUCUUAGGUUUUUGUAGCUACUUGUGAAUAGGGCGGGGUGGAAAGCACAGGUGAUAUUUACAUUGGGAACUUGUUCUAAUUUGUUUUGGCAGAAAUAGUGUCUUAAGAGAUUAUUAAACACUGCACAAUAGUAUAUAAUCGAAGUAACCGGCUAAUUAUGUGUUUAUAGAGUUAAGGAAAGGGAAGAUUACUACUAUGUGUAAUUUGCAGGACCUUUAGUGGUGACAUUUUGUUUACUAUGAGGGCAUGGGAUGUGGCGAGUUGCCUAUCAGAGAAAGUGAUAGAAAUUUACCAUUGGUAACUAGCUUAUGUCAAAGAAGUCCUUUGAAAUAAUAUCUUUAGUUCAUAGACAGGAUUACUUCUUGUAUUAGCUUAGUGAAAUAUUUAUUAAACACCUUGAGCACUUUAUGACUUACAUAUGUAAGGUUUAAAAGAAAAUUAUGUUUAAGAAGCCCACUCUCAAGGAACUCAGGAACAUGGAAAAUAAAACCGUUUUGUAGUUUGGGAGGUUCAGGAAUCCAUUCUAUUUGUAGGGGAAGGAGCAGAAAGUGGAAAAAGGGUGACUGGGAAUGUGAACAAGUCUGUGCUGCUGCUCCUUGAUGGCUUUUAGUAUAUACUGACAUCGCUUGUGAUGGAAUCUGAAACUGAGAAGACCCGAGCCUUACUCCAGUCUUGCAGCACAGAAUCUCUUAUUUCCAGCCUCGGUCUAGGGAUAUUUUGCUUAGUAGCUGACAGACUUCUGCAGUUUUCCAUAAUUCAGCAGAAUGACUGGCUUCGCGCCCUCUCAGACAAUGCGGUGCAUUGUGUCAUUGGCAUGUGGUCGUGGGCCAUCGUCAUCGGUAUCAGGAAGAAGACUGAUAUUGGAGAAGUCAUUUUGGCUGGAUUUCUAGCCUCUGUUAUUGAUGUAGACCACUUUUUUUUAGCUGGAUCCCUGUCUUUAAAGGCCGCCUUGACUCUUCCCCGAAGACCUUUCCUUCACUGUUCUACAGUGAUACCCGUUGUGGCUCUGACCCUGAAGUUCACUAUGCACCUGCUCAAGCUCAAAGACUCAUGGUGCUUUCUCCCCUGGAUGUUAUUUAUAUCCUGGACCUCACACCAUAUCCGAGAUGGAAUUCGUCAUGGCUUGUGGAUCUGUCCCUUUGGAAAAACCUCUCCUUUGCCAUUCUGGCUUUAUGUAACCAUGACUUCAUCUUUACCUCACAUCUGUUCAUUUGUUAUGUAUUUAACAGGGACCAGACAAAUGAUGUCUUCAAAACAUGGGAUUCUUAUCGAUGUCUGAGGUAACCAUGUGACUUAAGAGAAGCAGAUGCUUCAGACAAUGAUAAUUAAGGGUUGCUGACACUCACUUUACUAAAAAAAAAAAAACUUGGAACUUAUAGUAAUUAUAAUUCCUGAAUCCUCUCGCUCAGGAGGCAUGUACAGUUUUUUAAAAUUGUUUGUUAUAAUUCUUCUGUUGUGUAAUGCUCUAGUGCAGUAUUAGGCCUUCACCUGUGCUGUGCUAUACAUUUGUUGUUUUCUUUCUCUGGCCCUACUGAUAAUUAUUAGAUUAAUAUCUAAGUUUUCUGGAAUUACAACUUUAAGGCACCCACUUCCCGACUGAAAGGAACCAAAUUUUAAGGUGACUAGUUUGUGGAAGAUUACCAUAUUUGGAUUCAUAUUUUCUUUAGAUAUUGAAAUAGUGAAAAUGCCAAAAUAAAGGAGGUCUUGAGUCAGAGAUACAGUGAAUACUAACAUUCAAUUGUUAUAUGUUGAUCCUGACUAAAAUUUAAUUUGCAAAAUGCUUUAGUGAGUUGUGAUUACUGACAGAAUCUGCUUCAGAGCACUUGUGAAAAAUCAUAAUAUUCAUAAAAGACAGUAGCAUUAGAUCUAGUUUAUUGUCUUAGAAAUCACUUUAGGAAAUAAUUGUUGUGAUUUGUUAGCUACAGUGACAGCUCAUUGAAAUAUUAUUUUUUUUCAAUAUCAAUAUCUUGUCCAAGAGUCUCAUGUACUAGGGUUUUAACAGUUGCAAAACAAUGAAAUUUAACCAAAUAUGUGUUAAAAUUUAGCAUUAACAAAAUGUUGAUACUUUGGUCAUAACCAUAGGAUUUGAAUUCACACAAAAAAGGCCUUACCAGGAAUGUCACUUUAAAUGUAAACUGCUGAAUGUGCCAUUAAAAUGGUUCUAGUUGCUGUCGGUUUGUACACUAUCCUGAAGUGUUAUGCCAGCCAAAUCAGUUUUAAAAAUCUGCUUAGUACUUGGAGACAAACUUUUUUCAAAAUAGAACAGUUUUAGGUAAUUUGCUUUUUUCCUUUGUUCUUUGAGGUUGAUUUUCUGUUAAAAUGAGUAACCUUUGUUAGAGAAGAACUUUGCUGCUAUAAACUUUACAUGUGUGCAGUUUAAUGUUACUUUGAUAUAAAAAUCAGUGGCCCGGAGGUACCUGCUUUUUUUUCGUAGCAUCUGACCAUCUGCUGUCUUCAGAUUUGUGAUUUGAAAUGCUAGUGAUCGUGUGCCUUAUUCUCUGAGAAAUGAUAAAGCAAUGCCUUAUCCAAAGUCAAUUUUUUUAUUUAUUAAGUUAAACAGAAUUAUAUAAAUUAUUAUGAAGAUUCAAGCUCUUUAGUUUUUUUGUUUGUUCUUUGCCAGUUGGUUGCAAUCUGUUAUAUUUUACAGACUGUUAUUACCUUCUGAGAGGAAUUAUUGUGUCAGUUUGGUUGGUGUAAUAGUAUUAUAUAAGGGGGUUGAUUUUGAUUAGCGUAGAGACUUAAAAGCAUCUGAUUUCAGAAAUCCUCAACAAUAAAUAUCUUGUGUAACUUUCUGACUAAAUCAUAAAAUUCUACUUUUUUCUUUCUCCAUAUUAAAAAAAGGGAUUUCAUUAAAAUACAGAGCUUUGGGCCUCCCCAGUGGCGCAGCGGUUGAGCACUGGGUUGCGAAGCUGCCCGCAGCCUCUGCAGCACCUGCUGGAUCCCCGUCUGCUCCCCGGCCACCGGAGGAGGGUCCCACAUGGCGCACAGACCUCUCCUGCUGCCCGCUGCUCCCCUCAGCAGUGUCCUUCGGUCCUUCUGCCUGUUCUGCUCCCCGCUCUGGCUCUGGUGGAUUCUGUCACCUGCGCUUCUGACUGUACCCAGUGCUUGUAUUAAUAA